AUGGUCCUCAAGGGCCUCUUGUUGGCCAAAGAUAUGAGUAUUGAUGAACUUGUUUGCUACUCUGACUCUUUACACUGUAUCAACCUCAUCAAUGGUCCUCAAGUUAAGUAUCAUAUUCAUGCUGUGUUGAUCCAAGAUAUAAAGGAGCUGAUCUCUCAAACCAAUGUCUCUCUUUAUCACACACUUAGAGAGAGGAAUCAAUGUGCUGAUUUCUUCGCUAAACUUGGAGCCUCCUCAGAUGCUGACUUCUUGACUCAUGCUUCUCCUCCAGAAGGCAUUCGUGAUCUUCUUAGAAACGACGCUAUGAGAACCUUCUUUCUUCGUGAAUAG